CCAGCCAGGAAGGCCUGCCCCUCCUCCCCCUUCUCAGUGUCAGUCCAAAGUAGAACUGCGGAUAGAGUGUAAAAACUUACUCAACAAGGAUUUGUUGUCUAAGUCAGACCCAUGUGCUGUGCUGUACAUGUUUCAGAGAGGACACUGGUAUGAGAUGGGCAGAACAGAAAAUGUGAAAAACUGCCUGGACCCAAAAUUUUCUCGUUGCCUUGAGGUGGACUAUUUGUUUGAAGAGGUGCAGAAAAUCAGAGUUGGGGUGUACGAUAUUGAUAAUACUACAGUACAGUUGGAUGAUGAUGAUUUCUUAGGCCAGGUGGAAACAACUCUUGGUUUGGUGGUCUCCAACUCCACGUUCAGCCAACCAUUGCUACUGAGGAAUGGACACAAAGCCGGAAACGGAACUAUUACUAUCAGAGCAGAAGAGAAGGCAGAAAGUAAGGAUAUUUGUCAGAUGACAUUUAAAGCCAAAAAGCUGGACAAAAAGGAUUUCCUGGGGAAGUCUGACCCUUACCUGGAGUUUUCCCGAGCGUGCUCUGAUGGGACAUGGCAAGUGGUACACAGGACAGAGGUUGUGCGCAAUAACUUAAACCCCUCAUGGAGAACAUUUCAGUUGUCCUCACAGACUUUGUGCAAUAAUGAUAGAACAAGACCAAUCAAGAUAGAUUGCUAUGACUGGGAUAAUGAUGGCUCGCAUGAUUUCAUUGGUGGAUUCACCACCUCGCUGGAUGAAAUGGCUCAGGCUGUCACAGGGAGAGAGAUAAGCUGGCCUUGUGUUAAUCCAAAGAAGAAGGCCAAGAAGAGAAAUUACCAAAACUCAGGAGUUAUCUGUUUGAGCUCCAUCAAGAUAACAAAAGAACAUUCUUUCCUGGAGUUUGUCAUGGGUGGAAUGCAAAUCAACUUCACAGUGGGUAUAGACUUCACAGCAUCCAAUGGGAAUCCGCAGCAGCCCACAUCACUCCAUUACAUCAGUCCCUACCAGCCUAAUGAGUACAUGCAGGCUAUACGUUCAGUGGGUGAAGUCUGUCAGGACUAUGAUACUGACAAGUUAUUCCCAGCCCUGGGGUUUGGAGCUAGGCUUCCACCGUACCAGUCUGUGUCUCAUGAGUUUCCCAUCAACUUCAACCCACAGAAUCCCUACUGUCAAGGUAUCCAGGGAGUCCUUGACGCCUAUGCUAACUGUAUUCGCAAUGUCCAGUUGUACGGCCCUACUAACGCUGCACCCAUCAUAGAGCAUGUCAGUAGGUUUGCAGCUGGAGCUCAGAGGGAGGAAGCCUCCAAGGGGGCCCAUAGUUACUUCAUUCUGCUACUGCUGACAGACGGUGUCCUGUCUGACAUGGGCAACACCCGACAGGCCAUUGUGAGAGCCUCCAGCCUUCCCAUGUCUCUCAUAAUUGUUGGGGUUGGGGACGCAGACUUCAGCGAUAUGAACAUGCUGGAUGGAGAUGAUGGAGUCUUGAGAGGACCAAGCGGAGAACCAGUCAAAAGAGACAUUGUUCAGUUUGUUCCCUUUAACGAGUUCAAAAAGGCAAAAGACAAUGCGGCUACUGCUGCUGAACUGGCUCGUCAUGUGUUAGCUGAGGUCCCUAAACAGGUGACAGAGUAUUGGAGAAUGAGAGGUGUGUCCCCCAAGGCACAGAGACCCACCUGAUAUCAGCACAAAGCCUACCCGUGACCUCUCAUGCCUGAAUACAGGAGAAUGAGGGGUCUGUCUUCCCGACCCACUCACGACCGCCUGAAAUCACCCUACCAGUGACAUCUCACAUCUGGAUACAGGAGAAUGAGGGAUCUGUCUACCAACCCUCACAAAACCAUCUGAUAUCAGCACUUCCUACCUGUAACUUCUUACACCUAGGUGCAGGAGAAUGAGGGAUCUCUCCUCUCAGUCCACUCAGAACCACCUAAUAUCAGCACAGCCUACCUGUGACCUCUCAUGCCUGAAUACAGGAGAAUGAGGGGUCUGUCUUCCCGACCCACUCAGGACCGCCUGAAAUCACCACAUAGCCUACCUGUGACAUCUCACAUCUGGAUACAGGAGAAUGAGGGGUCUGUCUACCAACCGUCACAAAACCAUCUGCUAUCAGCACUUCCUACCUGUAACUUCUUACACCUGGGUGCAGGAGAGUGAGGGGUCUGUCUUCCCAACUCACUCAGGACCACCUGAAAUCACCACACAGCCUACCUGUGACAUCUCACAUCUGGAUACAGGUGAAUGAGGGGUCUGUCUUCCCGACCCACUCAGGACCGCCUGAAAUCACCACACAGCCUACCUGUGACAUCUCACAUCUGGAUACAGGUGAAUGAGGGGUCUGUCUUCCCGACCCACUCAGGACCGCCUGAAAUCACCACACAGCCUACCUGUGACAUCUCACAUCUGGAUACAGGUGAAUGAGGGGUCUGUCUACCAACCAUCACAAAACCAUCUGAUAUCAGCACUUCCUACCUGUAACUUCUUACACCUGGAUGCAGGAGAAUGUGGGAUCUCUCCUCUCAGUCCACUCAGAACCACCCAAUAUCAGCACAGCCUACCUGUGACAUCUCUCAUCUGGAUACAGCUGAGUGAGGGGCCUGUCUAUCUGCCCUCACAAAACCACCUGGUAUCAGCUCUGGCUACAAUGUACUUGUGACUUCUCACUCCUAGAUAAAGGAGAAAAAGCCUCGCUGGCAAUUGCUACACAAGAACACUUCAUGCACUGAUAUCAGCUCUGGCUACAAUGUACUUGUGACUUCUCACUCCUAGAUAAAGGAGAAAAAGCCUCGCUGGCAAUUGCUACACAAGAACACUUCAUGCACUGUUAGCCUCACUGGCAAUUGCUACACAAGAGCACUUCAUGCACUGUUAGCCUCACUGGCAAUUGCUACACAAGAACACUUCAUGCACUGUUAGCCUCACUGGCAAGUGCUUUCUUAUGUAUUGGCUUUAUUUCACCUAAAGAUCGGUAUGUAAAAAUACACUUUUAGGAGCACAUUAAGGCCUGAAAAUGAUACUUUUGAUGUUUUUCUGAUGAAAACACUUUAUCAGACUUCAAAAAAAUUUUAAAGUGUUACUGUAAGGUAGAGGAAUCAAUCAGAAUAUACCAAAAUGUGACUCCUGAAAAAUCAUGAAUACCAGGCGAAACACAGCAGUUGCAAUUUCUUCUUUGAAAGUGGCCCUGAAUGGGUUAUAAAAUGGAUGGAAAUAACGUGAAACCAUUUAAAAUGUGUCCUCGUGUCCCUUUUAAAAGUGUAUAAUAUCAUAUGUAAUACUUACAGGUUUACUGUAUCAUGAAAUGGAGAUUACAAGGUAGUGGGAGGAGAAGGUAGCAGAUCUUGCUGGAGUAUAUCAAGCUGUAAUGUCUUUAGGCCACUUUUUAGGUAAACAACAAUAUGAUUUGAUUAUGCCACGUUGCAUGUAGUGUAUGUUUGCAGCGUCUUUUGGACAUUGCACUUUUGUGUUUAGUUUUGUAAGACACCAAGAUUAUUGUAGCUUGCAGAUGUGCCGUGGUGGAUGACAUCUAAUGAGAAACUUUAGUUGUACAUUUUACAUCUUAGGAUGAGGCAGACUCUUGCUUGUAAUGUUUAUUAUAAUUUUGAUUGAAGGACAAAGUUCUACCCAGAGCAUUUAAUAUCUAUCUGAAUCAUGUGGAUGAAUAUGUUAAUACGUUUCAGGAAUGGACUUGUAUUACCCAGGGAUAUUGGGUAUAGGUGUUCUGUUAAAUGACUAGGUGAAAACAUUGAGAUUACACAGUACGAUGUUCAUCUGUGCGUUCAGAAACAACACAGUAGUAUACCGUAUACAUGUACAUGUAUGGUCAAGUCUCAUGGGAGCUUAUGGGUGCUUAAGAUUACAGGUAAACAUCGGUGUCGACAGCCUAGCCAAGCCCAUUGUGUGACAUUAUUAGCCGUUAUUGUUACGUGAUUUGUCUUCAUAAGCUGGUGACAUCGGUGUUUCCGCAAAAUCCUGAACGCCUUAUAUUACACCAUUCUUGAUCAGGUCAGUUGGUUUAUCUAUUGGCUGUUCAGCUUACAUUUAGGCCUACUGAUUAUCAGCUAGCCUACAUUGCUAAUAAAAAUCACAUCUUAGGAAUUUGUUAUAAUAGACCUUUUUAAUAUUUUAAUUUCCUUUUAAAAGUGUCUGGAGUACAGGCCUCCUGUGAUUCAGUCCUUGGAUCAAGUAAUUUUAUGUUUAAAAGUUUGUUUUGUUUUGUUUUUUUUUUUUGUUUUGAUGCACGUGUGUUUUCGUAAAAUUAUGUCAACCGUCAUUAAACUUGCACCAAUAUGAACAAUACAUUUUGCAGCAAUAUAUUCCAUUAUUAAGAAAGGUUUGCUCUGUAUGAACAGUCAGACUCUACUCUGUACUGUAUUUUAAUGCCUGUGUGGUGAAAGUUUCUAUGGUAAGCAUGUGCCAUUUUAUAUUUGCUAGUAGUUAAAUGGUACAAUGUUGCAUGCAACAUCAAUCCGCCAAGAGAGGUUUAUGGUAAAUAUUGCCUGGCUCUCAAGCCCCUAUGUCAGGUAUUGGGAUAUUAAUCAGCCAGUAGACGUUGAGUAUGAUUAUACUUAAGCUCCCAAGCCCCAGUGCUCAGUAUUAGGACAGUAAUUAGUAAACGAAGAUUUUUUUUUAACAUUUUCGGGUAUGAAACAAAACAAUGCUAUGGUCCAAUCUUGAUACUAUUUUUUUUAUCUUUUCUUAUAUUUGUUUUGCUCCAAGUUUUAUGCUCAUCUGAAAGAGCUAUGAAUAUUAAUUAUACUUUUAAUACUGGAACUGCUGAGCAGACUUUUAUAUGUGUUCAACAUAAAUGUGAUUCAUUUACAUAAUUAGCAUUAUACAUCCACAUCAAGUGGAUGUCUUCAGGUAGAUGAGAUAUUUUUUACCAUUUUACCAACUGAAGUAAACUGGAUGUACUCUGAUCAUUAAUUAUAUAAAUGUAUGUGCUUCACUUUGCGUUUACUUCAUAUGUUUGAGCAGCCCAGCAGCAUUCCUUGGCAUACAAAUGUUCACAGUAUCUGUUAACACUUGGCAGAGCUUUAGUAGCAGUGAAUGUGGUAUAUGUACUCAGAUGUGUAUAUAUCCAACUAUAUAUAUUAAAAUGUAGCAGGUAUUUAGUAGUACGUUGUGUCAGUCUUUACCAUGUGUUGUGAAUCCUUGAGAAGCUAUUCUUUUUUAAUUCAGACAUACUUCUUUAUCAUAAUGGGAUAUAAAUAUGCAACAUAGUAUGUGUAAAAAAGGAAGUUGCCUUUGAAAGCGUUCAUGCAUGUUAACUUAAAUGUAGGCAUUAAAUCUUUUCAAUUCUUCCAGAUACUAACUUGGUAUCUGAUGUCAACAUACAAAUAUGUAUAUUUUGAUUCACUGAAUAUCUUGUCU